CUUCGAACGUAAACUGAUGCCAGAAAUAAGAUUGUGUUGCUCAUAGGAGUUUUUAGGCAAUAAGUGAUAUAAUUAUAACCACUAGUUACGCAAGGAAGAUCAUGUGUAAUAGCUAACACACGAACAUGAAUUUGUCGGUAGUGACGGAACGCUUCUAACAAGAGGAACGGUUUUGAAGUUUCUUGGAACACGCGACACUCGGAUUAUUAAAAACGCAGUUUCUGCAAAGAUUUUGGGUGGACGAAUAAAGACAGACCACCUCUCUCUUUUUAAUACCGCGCAAUAACUUUGAGAGUGCUUUCACAACGUUUGGACCAGUAUUCAUACUCCAUACAAAUAACGACAGGCGAUGGUGAACAACCGUGUUGAAUCCACUGCCGUUGCGGUAACGGGAGGUAGUGGCGGAGUGGUGCGCUCCUGUGCAGGCUGCAGAUGUCGGAUCAUGGACCGCUUCCUGCUCUUCUCUAUGGAACGAUACUGGCACACGCACUGCCUCAAGUGCUCCUGCUGCCAGGCCCAGCUGGGAGAGAUCGGCAGCACCUGCUUCAGCAAAGGAGGCAUGAUCCUCUGCAGGAACGAUUACAUCAGAUUGUUUGGUCACACAGGCGCCUGCAGUGCAUGUGGACAGUCGAUCCCUGCCAGUGAGAUGGUGAUGAGGGCCCAGGGUAACGUCUACCAUUUAAAGUGUUUCACUUGUGCCACAUGUCGGAAUCGCUUGGUGCCCGGUGACCGAUUUCACUAUGUCAAUGGUACCAUCUUCUGUGAGCAUGACCGACCAGGUGGAGGACUGCUCAGUAGUCACCUGACCCCGUUGCAGGGCAACACCCUCCUACCUGACCAAAAGGUUUGCUGAGGAAACAUGGAAUUUUAAUUUGCAGUGUGCCUUCUCUUUGUCUUUGUCCUCUCAUGGAACCCUGCCUCUCACCAUCCCUCCAUUCUCUUAUUGUGAAAGUUCACCCACACCCAAGAUCUUCCACUCCACUUUGUGCAUCAAGCCACCACAGAGCUACGCAAGUACUACGAAUCACUUGCGAGACAAUCACCCCUAAUGAGGGAAACAUAAUUAAGUUGACGAAUGACACAGAAGUUGAAAAUGAUCAUAUUCACUCAUUUGUGGCCUGUCUGGUUAUGGCUGGGACUGCCUGGCCUGAAAGCCUAAGACUCCAUUAAUGAUCAGUUCUUUAAAGCUGGGGUGAUGCUCAUUGUUUUUUAUUCCCCCUUUGAGAAGUUUCUCAAGAAUGUUAUGAACGUUACCUAACACUAUGGACUCUGGAGGUCUAUCGAUGUUUUUUGUAUGUUAGGAUGAUGAUAAAUAUUACUUCUUGCACACAAAAAGGAAAACCAUAGUUAGUUCAAGUGACUGUUGAAACACUCCACUAUUGAGCAUAUGAUUGUUCAGGGUUUGUACAAGUGGUGGUUUAUUUUUGUUUACAGGCCCUUUUCAGUUUAAGUGUAAGUUUAUUCGCUUUUUUUUUUUUUUUUUAAACAUUUUAUGCCCAGUUUUCCCUCCUUUGUCAUUUACUUACUAUUAGCAAAUAAUUACACACAUGCACCGUACAGAUAUGUGAACAUGUAUUGUUUUGUCUACUCAAGUUCAUGACGUAUGAAGUGCUCUUAUUGAAAGAGCCAUAGUCUGUAGAAGAAACGGCAUGUUUUUUGUUUUCCUCAAUGAUUUGGUAGAUUAAAUUAUAUGUCUGUUUGCAUAUUCUAUAAUAGAGACUGGUAUUCAGUGUCUGCCAAGACUUUGGCAUAAAAGAUGGAAGAGAGGGUGAGGAGGAGAGUAAAAUUGUAUAUAUUUCUUUCAUGUGUCGUUGUAUUGUGUUAAAUGGUUGAUCUGUUUCCUUGCACCCUCUGUUUCAAUUGAGGAACAUUCAAAAUGAUAUAAGAUAUCUGUAAAAGAUUAAAAUACUUAAUUAAAUAACUAUAACCAU